AUUACUCAUUGCGGAAAACGUGAAAGAAAUUCUCAUAUUCUCGCCGCCUGUCUGCUACUAAAUUGUUUGUUUUAAGCAACAUUAACGUGUAACGGCGAAUAUCAUCAAUUAAAUAUGCAACCACAAAUUGUGCUGCUCAAGGAAGGCACCGACACGUCGCAGGGUAAGCCGCAACUGGUGUCCAACAUAAAUGCCUGCCAAUCGAUUGUGGACGCUGUGCGGACAACUCUGGGACCGCGCGGCAUGGACAAGCUAAUUGUUGAUGCACAUGGCAAAGCGACCAUUUCUAAUGACGGUGCCACAAUAAUGAAGCUGCUGGACAUUGUGCAUCCCGCUGCCAAGACAUUGGUGGACAUUGCCAAGUCACAAGAUGCCGAGGUGGGUGAUGGCACCACUUCCGUUGUGCUGCUGGCCGGCGAGUUCCUUAAACAGGUGAAGCCCUUCGUGGAGGAUGGCGUGCAUCCGCGUAUUGUUAUCAAAGCCAUACGCAAGGCCCUGCAACUGUGCAUGGACAAAAUAAACGAGAUGGCCGUUCACAUUGAAAAACAAUCGAAAACAGAGCAGCGUGCCUUGCUGGAGAAAUGCGCGGCUACGGCAAUGUCGUCUAAACUGAUCCAUCAGCAGAAGGAUUUCUUUGCCAAAAUGGUGGUAGAUGCUGUGCUCUCGCUGGAUGAGCUCCUGCCGCUGAAUAUGAUUGGCAUUAAGAAAGUAACGGGCGGUUCUUUGGAAGAGUCGCAGCUUGUAUCAGGCGUUGCAUUUAAGAAGACAUUCUCCUAUGCUGGCUUCGAGAUGGCACCCAAAGGCUAUGAGAAUUGCAAAAUAGCAUUGCUUAACAUUGAGCUGGAGCUGAAGGCUGAGCGCGACAAUGCCGAGAUCCGCGUGGAUAACGUAAAGGAGUAUCAGAAGGUGGUGGAUGCCGAAUGGCAAAUACUCUACAACAAAUUGGCAAAAAUACAUGAAUCAGGCGCCAAUGUUGUGCUCUCUAAGCUGCCCAUUGGAGAUGUGGCCACACAGUAUUUCGCAGAUCGCAACAUAUUCUGCGCCGGCCGUGUACCCGAGGAGGAUCUCAAGCGCACAAUGAAGGCUUGUGGUGGCGCUGUGAUGACGACAGCCAACGAUAUAAGUCCCAAUGUGCUCGGACUGUGUGAGCGUUUCGCUGAACGCCAAGUGGGCGGCGAACGUUUCAAUCUCUUCCAAGGUUGUCCCAAUGCCAAGACCAGCACAUUGAUCCUACGCGGUGGUGCUGAGCAGUUCUUGGAGGAGACAGAGCGUUCCCUGCACGAUGCCAUCAUGAUUGUGCGCCGAACAAUCAAACACGAUUCAGUCGUUGCCGGCGGUGGCGCCAUUGAAAUGGAACUUUCCAAAGUGCUGCGCGACUAUUCGCGCACCAUUGCCGGUAAGGAGCAGCUGUUGAUUGCCGCCAUUGCCAAGGGCCUGGAAAUCAUUCCUCGUCAACUGUGCGACAAUGCUGGCUUCGAUGCGACCAACAUUCUCAACAAGUUACGCCAAAAACAUGCCCAAGGUGGCAAGUGGUAUGGCGUUGACAUCACAAAGGAGGACAUUGCCGACAACUACGAGCAGUGCGUGUGGGAGCCUUCAAUCAUCAAGAUUAAUGCCUUGAGUGCCGCUGCAGAAGCCGCUUGCAUGAUUCUGUCCGUCGAUGAGACAAUAAGGAGCCCCAAGGCCGGUGAAGCUCCCAUGGCGGGCGCCCCCAUGGGUCGGGGCAUGGGCAGGCCCAUGUAAAAAAAAAAAAAAACAGAAAAAUUAUGAGCAUUAGCAACAAUAACAUAAUAAGCUCAUUCGCACCUAAUAACUCGAUUCAAAAUCAUUCAUUUGCAUUAAACUCUUAAUUUGUAUUUAACACCUCUACUAUACUAUAUGUAUUACCGAUCAUACGUCACAGGCUAUUUGUUGCACUAUUGAACAAUUUAUAAACUGAUCUAUGUCUAAUAAAAAUGGAACGCAUAUUUUCAUAACAUAA